GCUGACCACAACGCCAGCUCGCCAUUCACUUAAUAUGUAUCUGUGUCCCCAGGUCUGCAUUGCGGACUGUGGCGAAUGACCGUGUCCAUUUCAAACAAGACCGUGCUUGAAUUAAACGGACAUCGUUUACUGACGCGUUCCCGUGCAGAUAUAUGUGCUUGGCAAGCUUGUAUUUGUAAUGUUGCGGAAUACCCGUGUGGCAAACCUGGAUACACACUCAGGAGCCUGCAGUCUGUGGGUAUGUAUUCGGAGUGGCGUUCUCUGCAGCUGGAGCUCCAGGGUGGGGGGGGGCAUCUGAGUGUGCUGCACUCGUACCCCCCCUCAGUGGGGCAGGAUGUGGCCGCCGUCCUGCUCAAGCCCCUGGGGGGCACAGCCAAGCCCCCGUCUAGCAGCGGACUCAAGACAGACAAGGAGGUGAAGUGGACGAUGGAGGUACUAUGUUUUGGGUUGACACCACCCGUUGACAUGGAAACGGUGAGGUUGUGUGUUGAAGUGUACACUGAUUGGAUGAUGGUGCUCGUGGGGCCCCGAGAGUCCACCCCGCCACCGCUGCUCAAGGAGCCAGACCGCUACGUCCAGACCAUCCUCACACACCUCUACAACCUGUUCCUGGCACGUGAAGAGGACCAGUCUCUCGCCCACCUGAGGUUGUGUCAGCAGGUGUUGGACGCGGUGCUUCGAUUGGCCCGUGAGGCGCCUGUCAUGUCACGGCAAACGUGGGAGGGGCUUCUGGUCUUCCUCCUUCGCAUCUCUGACACUCUACUCGCCCCGCCCACAUUAGGAGGCGGCGUGGCUGAGCAUAUUGCGGAGCGUCUAGUGGCCGUACUCUUUGAGGUGUGGCUGCUGGCCUGCCUGCGCUCCUUCCCCUCGCCCCCCUACUGGAAGACGGCGCGGGAGAUGGUGGCCAACUGGAGACAUCGCCCCCAAGUGGUGGAGCAGUGGAGUCGCGUCGUAGCUGCCCUAACCUCCAGGCUCCUGUCCUUCACCUAUGGUCCGUCCUUCCCGCCAUUCAAAGUCCCAGAGGAGGAUGCCCAGCUGGUUCCCAUGGAGAUGGACAGUGACUGCGUGACCCAGACCUGGUUCCGCUUCCUGCACAUGCUCAACAACCCGGUGGACCUGAGCAACCCGGUGCUGGUGAGCACCACCCCUAAGUUCCAGGAGCAGCUGCUGAGCGUGGGGGGGAUCCCCCAGGAGGUGCUGCUGCACCCCUGCCUCCGCCAGCUGCCCCAGAUCUUCUACCGCGCCAUGAGGGCCGUCAGCAGCCUGGUGGACGCCUUCAUGGGUAUGUCCCGCCCCCGUGCCGACAGCUCCCCCCCCACCCCUCUGAGCAGGACCAGCGUGCCCCCCCCCUCCAGCAACAGCAGCACGCCCCCCCACAGCCGUAAACACCGAUCCACCGUGGGCAGCAAGACCAGCAGCAAAUCAUCAAGCGUAAUAGUGGUUCACACCCAGUCCGGAGCGCCUCCCACCCUCCCUCUGGCUCCUCCCCCCCUCUCCAGCCCCAAUCAGAGCAGCUGGGAGCCCCGCCCCCUGCCGGCCCCCUCUCGUCCGAAGGUCAACAGCAUCCUGGAUCUGUUCGGCCAGUGGCUGUUCGAUGCGGCCUUAGUGCACUGCAAACUACAGAGGGGAUUGAGCCAUGACCCCAGCCGUACAGCAACUUUUAUCCAAAUUCUCCUCUCUUAUAAAUCUUCAUCAGUGUGUCUUGAGUCUGGCGUGAGUCUGGAGCUGAGGCGGAAGGGCUCCCAGCUGUCGGCGCUGUCUGGAGACUCUCUGGUGUCCAACCCCCUGUUCGACUACCACGACCUCCCCGACAGCUACGAGGCGGGCCGCGCCGAGGCCUGUGGCGCCCUCUGCAGGAUCUUCUGCAGUAAACACACCGGAGAGAACAUCCUGCCUGUCUACCUAUCCAGGUUCUACAUGGUUCUGAUCCAGGGCCUGCAGGUGACGGAGUUCCUGUGCCGGCCGGUUCUGGCCAGUAUCAUCCUCAACUCCACCUCCCUGUUCUGCAGUGACCUGAAGGGGGUCAACCUGCUUCUACCGUACUUCACCCGCGCCCUGGAGACCAUCCUACCAGACAGGGAGCUGGGUAAGUUUCAGGCGUGUGUGAAUCCUGUGGAUCUGCGGAGAGCCUCCAUCCUGCUGCUCCUCUCGAUGCUCCCCCUCCCACUGCACUUUGGGAACGUCAAGACUGAGGUGAUUCUGGAGGGGAAAUUCAAUAAUGAUGAGAAUUGUCAGGGUGACCAGCCUGUGUCGUUCAUAUCGCUACGGUUACGUCUCGUCAACAUCCUGAUUGGAGCACUGCAGACAGAAACAGACCCUGGCAACACCCAAAUGAUCCUAGGUGCCAUGUUGAAUAUGGUGCAGGAUUCAGCACUGCUGGAGUCUAUUGGAACACAGACCGAACAGGGUUCGGUAGGAACGGCGCCCUCUGUAGGCCACAGCCGCCACAGCAGCAGCCUGAGUGCCACCAGUAGAGGCAGUGUGGAGCUGGCCAGCUUUGAUUCCGACCGGACUGUUCACUCCCUGCUGCGUGACUAUGACUCUGCUAUGGGGUUGCUGGUGCGGAGUGUCCAUCUGGUUACCCAAAAGCUCACCUCCAGCUGGAGGAAUGACAUGAGCAUCUCUCUGGCAGCUCUGGAGCUGCUGUCUGGACUAGCCAAGGUGAAGGUGUGUGUGGAGGCGGCGGAGAAGAGGCGUGCGGUUAAGAGUGCGUGUGAUUUCAUCGAGUCUCAGUGUAGUCGUCCCGCUCCUCAGCAUUCCAGAGAUCUACACUCUAUGAUCGUCGCCGCCUUCCAGUGCCUGUGUGUGUGGCUCACCGAACACCCCGACCUGCUGGAAAACAAGGACUGUCUGAGUGAGGUGCUGGCCAUCGUGGAGCUCGGCAUCUCCGGCAGCAAGUCCAAGCAGGAGCAGGAAAUCCGUCUGAAGGGGGAGAAGCUGUUGAACCCCGCCUCCCUCAGGGUGAAGGACGCCGCGGAGGCCACGUUGUCAUGUAUCAUGCAGGUGCUGGGGGCGUUUCCCUCCCCCAGCGGCCCCGCCUCCACGUGCAGCCUACUGAAUGAGGAUUGGCUGAUUCGUUACUCUCGGCUGGAUGCGACUGGCUGCCAUCCCUUCCGCUACUUUGUGCUGGAUAAUUCUGUCAUCCUGGCCAUGCUGGAGCAGCCACUCGGCAACGAGCAAAAUCCAUGUCCGUCGCUCACAGUGUUGAUUAGAGGAAUGUCUGGUCGUCAUGCCUGGACCUUGCAGCUCUUCCACCAGCCCAGAGGAGCACGAGCCAAUCAGCAGAUGUUUUCCCCGGUGAGCCGCCCCCAGCCCAGAGGUGACGUGGGGUCACGACCCAGCGUGAGGCAGCGGCCCUUCCCGGACGAGGUGGACAAGGUCCCGCUGGUCAAGGCCGACCUCAGCAUCCCCGACCUCCACGACCUCCUCACAGAUGAGCUGGAGGCGCAGCACGAGCGUCUGCACGUGGUGAUGUCUCGUCAGGUGGAGUAUGAGGAGUCAGUGGAGCUGCAGUCCGAGGAGAGGGGCAGGGGGAGGGGCUUCCCCGACCCCAAGAGUGAGUGCACGCCCCCAACACCUGCACAGGACUUCCAGACCGCACGCCUCUUCCUCUCGCACUUCGGCUUCCUCUCGCUACAGGCGCUCAAGCCUCAGGACCCUGGGAACAGCCGCCUUCCCCCCCAGUUGGUGGCGCUAGACACUCAGCUGUCUGGCUUCUCCCAGGACCUUGCCUACCUGGACUUGUUACCAUGCCGACCGUUUGACACGGUGUUUGUGUUCUACGUGAGGGCAGGACAGAAGACCGGUGAAGAGAUUCUGCGGAAUGUUGAGUCAACUGAGACUGUCCACCCUCACUUCCUGGAGUUUGUGAUGUCACUGGGCUGGCCAGUAGAGAUUGGCCAGCACCCUGGCUGGACGGGUCAUGUGGACACCAGCUGGUCCAUCAAUCACUGUGGAGACACUGAGGGUGAGCAUCAUGGUGAUGCAUCUCCUGAAGAGGACAGCGGAGAAGUGGGGUUUAAUGGUGAAAAACAGGUGCUGUAUUAUGCUGACGCCAUCACAGAGAUCGCUUUCAUCCUACCCACAUUCAGAGAACACUCAGCGGAGUCUUCAGAGGUCAGUGACCCCACAGGAGAGGCGGAGCCACACACAGAACUUCCUGCUGAUAUUAAGCCCCGCCUUACUCUGGAUCUUCACCCCUCCAAUACAGAGCACCUGUUUCAGCGGAGCCCAGGUAUGCGGGUGAGAAGGACCCCCUCCUCUCGGCCCCUCCAUCCUCUGGGCCCCGAGACCAAGGUGCUGCUGGCCUGGGUGGAGAGCUACGACGACAUCGAGAACUUCCCUAUGGCCGAGUUACUGGCAGAGACGAGCACAGGUCUUGAGACGGGUGGAAACAGCAGCUCUUCUUGCAGGUCCGUGUUCUACGAGAAGGAUGUGCCUGUUGUGUUUAUCCACCCGCUCAAAACCGGCCUGUUCCGGAUCAAACUCCACAUCACUGCUGGCAAGUUCAGCUUGGUGCUCCCCCUGGUGGACGGAAUGGUGGUCAGCAGAAGAGCGCUGGGUUCUCUGGUGCGUCAGACAGUGGUAAACGUGUGUCGUCGUCGGCGACUGGAGAGCGACUCGUACAGUCCCCCUCACGUGAGGAGGAAGCAGAAGAUCGCAGAGAUCACCCAGAAGUACCGCAGCCAGCAACUCGAACCAGAGUUCUACACCUCCCUCUUUCGAGAACCAUACCACUGACACGCUCACACACACACACACACACACACACACACACACACACACACACACACACACACACACACACACACACACACACACACACACACACACACUCUACCAUACAACAAUACUGCAGCCAGCAGCUCGACCCGGAGAUUUUUUCUCUCUCAAGAGCCAUGCCACUGACACACACACACACACACACACACACAGAGGCACGCUGACACACAUACUUACACAAAUGCAACCAUUGCACAGUGAUCACACUCAUCGACACACAGGUGCAAGGCUACUGUUGGAUGUAGUGUACAGGCUAGUAUUGGAAAUAGAUCUUAUUUGAAAGCUGUGUGUGUGUGUGUGUUAGAAGCCAUCGGGGGUAGACACACACACACACACACACACACACACACACGUUCCUAACUAGCCUCAAUAAUGAUCUUUGCAGACAGAUCACAUCACUUCCUCUACUGCCUGACCUCUCUAUACUCACAUGUCACCUUUGACCUUAGUGAUCCUAGCGCCCAUCUUUGACCUCUCCCCCCCUUUGUCUCACUUUUCACGUUUGACCCUCACAAUGUCUGUCUCACCUGUCACCCAUGACCUCUCAGAUUUCCUGUCUCACCUUUACCUGUGACCUCCCACACCUUGCCUGUUUCCUUAGACGUCCCGUCUCUGUCCCUCUCCUCUGUCCUGUCCUGUCUUGUCUUGUCUCUGUCCCUCUCCUCAGACCUCUGUCCUGUCCCUCUCCUCUG